AAAACAUGUUUUCGCGUACACAGUUGAAAAUUUGAACUAUUAUUUUCAAUUUUCAGAUUGAUCAUGGCAAAACCGAAAGCACCAACCGAGGGAACUCCUUUGUGCAACGUGGAGCAUAUCGAGUUUGAGUCAAGAGCAAAUGAUAUAAAAGCAGGGCUCAUUGAUACUUUUCUGAAUCUACAGAGAAUCGAUACCAAUCUGUACAUCGCUCGCCACUUGUUGAAGGGUCGUCAUUCCUACAAUGCCGUUUAUGGCGGUCAGGUUGUUGGUCAAUCGUUGGCGGCAGCAGCUGCCACCGUGGAAGAUUGUUUCAUACCUCACUCAUUACAUAGCUAUUUCAUCAAGACGGGGAGUGUGGACAAACCGAUUCUUUACAUGAUCGACCGCAUUCGAGACGGAAGAAGUUUUUGUACGCGAGUGGUGAAGGCUGUGCAGGAUGGAGAGGCAAUUUUUUCUUGCCAAAUUAGUUUCCAUCAUAAAGAACCCGAUGCAAUUAAACAUAGCUCCAAAAUGCCGGAAGUAACACCUCCAGAACAAUUGCUUCCAGCUCGAGAAGCAGCGCUGGAAGUGCUCCGCACGAAAGAAGUCGAUGAAGUCACCGCUGGUGUCAUCCAACAUUUUUUGAAAGAAAUUCCAGAUGCUUUUGAGCGAGUUUUUGAUGUUCGCCCGGUCAACCCAGCCAAGUACUUGCUUAAAGAAGAUACUGAGCCAAUGUCGAUGAUUUGGAUUCGAGCAAGAGAGAAUUUGGGAGAUGAUCACCGUCUCCAUCAGUGCGUCGCUGCUUACCUCACCGACUUGAGCAUGCUCACCACGGCAGUACGACCUCAUAUCAGAAACGGAUUCAUCCCUUCAAUGUCUUUUUCCCUGGAUCAUUGUAUUUGGAUGCAUGAAAAUGAGUUUCGAAUCGAUGAUUGGAUGCUGUAUGAGACAAUUAGCUCAAAAGCUGGUGGAAGUCGUGCAUUUAUUGAAGGCCGUUUAUGGUCUCGUGAUGGUCGACUUAUCAUUUCGACUGCUCAAGAAGCACUUGUCAGAGCUCCAAAAGUUUGACAAUAUUUGAAUAUUUUGUUUGGUUGUGUAUAUAUAUUCAAUUUUGAUAACUAUAAAAUGAAUAAAUGUUUAGAAUUUUG